AUGGCUUCUGUUCAACGUGUAAGUACGAUUGAUGAUGAUAGUUUAGUAAGAGAAACUGCUUUAAAUGGCGAUUAUCCUGAAACUACUGCUACUAUAGACUUAUCAGAUAGUUCUUCAAUUACGAGAAUGGAAGAUAUGUUAAGAGUGGCUACAGAUUUGCAAGAUAACUCUUCGCCUCAUGACACAAAUAGAGGUACAAAUAUUGAGGAAUAUUUUGAAAUUCUAUGUUUAGAUGUUUGAAGUAUAUAGCUAGACGAUCAGUGACUUCGAUAUAUUGUGGCAUAUGUUAUGGAGAUAGUUCGUAUUUAGUUUAACGAUUGUUCGGUAUGUUGUAUAAAAGUUUAAAAACUGUUUUAAGAUGGGUCAAAGUUUGGCUUUGAAAUAUGAAUGUCUUUGUUUGAGAGUAACUCAUCCGAGACCAACAAUAUUAUACUCGUGUUUAUAGGCGUGUAUAACUGCGAUGAACUAUAUAUAGAACAGUGAUUUCCUUGUUUAUAUAUCCCUGGUAGCUUAUGUUUAUAGUCCCAUACUAUUUUUAAUGGGUUAACACUGUUGUAUUCUGCUCAUGAAAUAUGUAUUAACCCAAGCUGUACACUUGUACAUAAUUUAAAUUUAACCUCAGUAUGGUGAAUAAAUUUAUAGGAUAGUGUGCUGUUAUAAAUGCUGCUGUAAUCUGAUACACUUCGGAUAUGUAGAUGAUUAUCGGCUGUAUUAAAACCAAAAUUGGAUAUAAGAAUUUCUCAAAAAUAGGAUCAUCUUAUUUCUUAUGCCGUUAUGCGCUAAUCAAUUUAUACUGUUAACCCAGACUGCAUUGUUUGCAAAAUGCGCGCGGGAUGUUUGAAACUGUCAUUUAUAAUGCGCGCUUGUAGUUUGUUGCGUAGAAAUAUGCGCGCCAAAUUGUGCACACUGAUUGUAACUCGUGCAGUGUUUCCACAAUACACCAUUUAGCCUGCGAACAGGCCCUGGGUUGCAGGCGGCGCGAAGAAUAGAGGGCCUGCACGGAUGAUAGGUUUUCUUGGUAGUGGCGUUCGUAUAGAAACGCAGGCUUCUGAUUGGCUUACACUCGUUGACAAAAUUACUAAAAAUAGCAAAUGUCAACAACAGCAUUUUGAAGAAUUUGAAUUUAUUCAUUUUAAUAUUAUAUAUUAUAGGACUAUCGAACAAAUAAAACUAGAAAUGGAAACCAAAAGCAAUACAAAGCAUCACAGCAAAAAGUCUCAUAAAUGACUUGAAUCUAUCGCUUAAAUCCAAUAUACGAAACUUAACAGUAUUCUGAACUUCGUCUUCGGAUUGACAUCAGACCAUAGUAUAGUACAUUUUGAGGUCGUCGUGGCUUCACGGAUUAUUCUCAUUAGUGAGCAAGUCAGCAAGCGAAGGCAUACAAAAGAUACCCAAAUAUGUACGAAUAAUUAUAUUGUCGAUCCUCGCUGGCAUGUCAUUUAGAUAAAUAUAUAUCUACAUUAAACGUUGUACUGUUUACUGUAUAUUAACUGCUGACAAUUUCGUCGUCGAUACGGCUUCCAACACUCGUGAUUUCGAAGAAAUUAAUAAAUACAUGCUCAUUUAUCAUUUAUUUAGACCACAGUUAGUAAAAUUUUAAACGUAUUCGGUAUUCCAAAUCCCAAUCUAUUUGACCGUAUUUUAGUAAUAGCUUCAAAAUAUUCAGAACAUUGUUCUUUCAGUCGCACAUAGUACAAGUAUUACUGUACAUUCAAAGCCAAUGGUAGUUUAUUCGGCUUUAUAUUUGUAUGUGUAUUGAUAUCUAUUUAAUAUUUGAAGAAUUCUAUAUUUUUCCGAGUAAUAUAUUCUGCGGCCCGCUAAUGCUUUGUAUUAUUAUUGUUCAUGUUGCACAAUGUACACGCCUUGAGUCAAUUUGACAGUUGACAGUUUAUUUAUCGCAGUCGACGCUGAUUGGUUAGCGUUUAGCAGAUGCGAAAAGGGGAUGAAUGAAUAAAACGCAUGGUUCCGUGCAGGCUCACCUUUCUCCCAGUGAGCCUGUUCGCAGGCUAUACACCAUUCAAAUUAUUUGAUUGGCAUCACAUUGGCCAAUGAUUUGGCCUUAAAUUUCCCAAAAUUUCCUUGAAUUUCCUUUUUAGGGAAUUUUGGGGUCAAAAUUUUCUUGAAAUUUGAAAAAGGAAACGCUAUUCAGUCUCUGGAAGUUUGCGCGCAUGUUCCGUGAAAGAAAGGUGUGCACUUUUUCAUAUAUUUUCAACUAAAAUGCACGCAUUUUUGGUUGAAAAGCGCGCAAUGUGUAAAAAAUGUGCGCGGAAUAUGUUCCGCGCGCACGACAAAGAAUGCAGUCUGGCUGUUAACAUCCCCCCCCCCCCGGGCAUUUGAACUUUUUGAAAUUUUGUGGUCUCAUUUCCCACUCCCAGGACAAAAUUGCUGUUCAAAUGCCCCACAUAUAAUGGAAAAUUGAUAGUCAAAUGCCCCAACCCCCCGAUCAUUCUGACUGUAAUUCUAUCAGUUCAAGUUUGGAAUUGUGUAAAACAUACACUGAAUUGUGAAGGUAACUUCAACAGUUUAAUAAAUGAGACUCUGUAUUAAACAACUUACACCUCAUGCUUUAAUUAUAAAGUUCCCAAAAAGUAUUUAAUUAAAGUAUACUCCAUUUUGAAUUUUGUUUUUUAAAAAAGCUUUUUAAUAGUCUCAGACCUUGCACAAUCUAGUUUAAAUGGUCAAAUGCCCCACGUCUUGUGACUCAGCAUCAAAUGCUCUACCCUAACAGCAGUUCAAAAGGUCAAAUUUCCUAGUCUGGGGAUAGAGCAAGGUGUCAAAUGCCUGGGCUAUGCUUGGGGCGAUGUUAACAGUAUAAAUUGAUUGGCGCAUUAUAUCAGCUGAAUUCAUAUUAGAAGAUGGAUUUCCGUCUAAGACUGGAAACUUGUGUGACGGAUUUCCGUCUGAUAUGAGCAUGAAAAGAAAACCAUUGGGUGGAUAAACCUGAAAAAUAGAAGACCCUCCAUCCCAGUCUCCUUUCAACUUUACGAGCAGAAACCCAUCUUGAUUUAUUCGUCUGAUAUAAAUUUAAGACGAUCGAGUUUCCCAUCUAAGACGGAAAAGUUGAGACGGAAAACCUGUCGUUAACCGAAUUUAUAUCUGGACGACGGCAAUCCGUCCUCUAAUAUGAAUUCAGCUAUUAUUAAUAUAUAAGAAGAUUUUUUACAAUAUUUGAAGAUGUUCAAAAUUCAACUAAACUUUGAUGUUAUGUUAUGAUGUCAUAUAACAUCCCAAAAUGAGGUCAUCAUGCAAGUGAAAUUUUAUCUUUUGUGUAAAAUAAUUUAUUUGUACUCAUGAUGCUAAGUUUACACUUGACUGGAAAGUUUGGAAAUUGCAUGAAAAAUUUAAUAGUAAAUAUAUAGAAAGCAUCAAAAUAGUUCAAAUUACAAAAGUGGGAAUCUGUAGGAUGUGUGUGAGCCUCUGAACAUUUCUGAGCUUCUGGGGCUUGAUUUCCUGCAUUUUCAGAAUCUGAUGUACGUUUUUGAUAUAUUUUGCUGGGAGGUGGAGUCCCCCUCUCCAGUGUCUAUGUUGUAGCAGGCACCUGCCUCUUAGUCAUGUCCCUAUUGCUUGAUGCCCCCCAACCAGUGAAAUUAAUAUAUUUGGAACGCUACCUCCAACCAGAAAUUUAAGCCAAACUUGAAAGCCAAUCCCAGUCCUUUCACACAUGCGAAGGGCACGGUCAAUCCAUGAACAUGUAUUCUUGAAAACCGGCUUAAAAUGAACAAAAAAGCUUUUUAACAGUGCUCAAAAUUAAUGCUCAAAGCUUUCUAUCAAUGCAUUUAUUCAGGUAAAACAUCCUAGUAGAAUUCACUUUUUUUAUUGGUCUUGUGAGUGAAUCACAAAGCAUAAACAUGCAUGUCUUGACCCCCAGUCACACAUGUUUGGGGGUCAGAUUUGGCUUUAAGAAAAAGAUAGGCAAGUAGAGUUCCAUUUCACUGACCCCAACUGGUCAAAUGUAACAUUGCUUUUUUGUUACUUAACCCUUUAAGUGGCAAUGCGCCCUAUUUUAUUAUUUUACUCUGUCUUAUGCCAGAUUAUUUUACUCUGUCUUAUGCCAGACGAUUUUACUCAUCAGGGGGAGAUUGCUGUCACUCAAUGGGUUAAUAAUAUUCUCUUCCAAAGUUGACAUUCUAGGUGACUGAAUUGGUCCAGGCAGUGUUUAUUUAUUGUUUUUGUCCUGGGUUAUAAGUUUGCAACCUGUUCAAUUUGUAGGACCUCAUUACAGCAGUUACCCCGAGGCAAGAAGUAGUUCCAGCAGCUUGAUGGGUGAAGGUAAAGGAACUGCAGUUGUACAAAACAAUGCUGCAGCCAAGAUGGACAACUUCAAGAAAUGGAGUAUAUCUACGUAUAAAUGUACCAGACAACUUCUGUCUGAAAAGUUUGGUAAAGGAUCGAGAACUGUCGAUGAAGAAUUGGAAAGUCAGGUUGCAGUCCUUAAAGAGACACAGAAAAAGUACUUGAACAUUUAUACAGAUCUGAUCAUCAAUAUUACGCACAAAUAACACCAACAUCUUCGGCUGCAACAUUUAAAGCUGAAGAAGCGAAGAAGGAAUUUGAGAAGCAAAAAGCAAAAUAUGAUCGAAUUAGAAAUGAUCUUACCGUAAAGUUGAAGUUCUUAGAAGAAAAUAAGGUAAACAUCUACUGUUGUUAUUGCAGUAAAUUACACCAGGUUUAUAUCUUUUUUAAACUUGCUCGACUAAUUUUACUGGGCAGUUUUAAUAAGUAUGUCACCUUGGCUAUAGCACCUCGUUCUCGUGAUUGAGAUGUGGAUUUUAAAUAAUGUCAGAUGCACAAAAACGAAGCUUUAUAGCUCAAGUGAUGUACUUUCUGGAAGGGUGUAUUAGAAAGUUCGCAUGUCAUUUGCAGAUAGGUUUCUCUGCCAGCAUGUGUCACUGACCUACUGUAAAUGUGUAUAGUGAGGUUGUGAGACGGCCUAUCUUUUGUUUGUUCAUGGUUGCAUGAAAUUUCUAGUGGGUAUUUAAGACUACUGGGAAAACUAUUGGUGCUCUGGGACCAGCAACCCUAUAGAAUUCCAGUAUGACUAGUUUUACUACAAUACAGGUAUGGUACUCAUGACUUGACCUCGCGGGUUCGAUUCCCACCGUGGUCGAGCAAACGUUUCAGCUUUCAUCUUAAAAAAUCUUCCAUCAGUUUCUUUUUGCUACUGUGCAUAUAUCCAAUUACAAUUAUCUUAGAUUUUCAUUCACUGUAAUUUGUUAUGUUGCAGGUUAAAGUAAUGCAAAGACAACUCUGCUAUUUCAUAACGCGACAACGGCCUACUUCUCUGGAAACAAACAAGCUCUAG